AUGAGUACCUUGAACAACGUCGAGUCCGUCAGCAACCAGCAGGGCAGCUUCAAGCCUUCUAUUCCCCGCGAGGGACCCAUUACAGACAAGGGCCACAAGCCCGGUGUUAAGGUCAACGAGGCCGAUCAGCGUCCCGAAUAUCACAUGGAGGCUUUCCCUCCUGGCACUGCUCCUGCUAGCAACUCAUACACUUCAAAUGCCAACGAGAUCGGCAGCCAGGCCAACAACCCCAAUGUCCUCCGCUCACAUGGCAAGGAGUCUACCUAUACUUCUCCCGCUGACACCCUGACGGGUGCAACCUCCAAAGACGUUCACACCGGUCUCGGUAAGCCUCUACAGGGCCAGUCUGGUGUUGAACUUGCCCACGAUGGCGCCCACGGCCGAAAAGAAGCAACCCUCCGGCCUGGAGGGUAUCGAGAGGAGGCUGCCAACGCUGGUGCCCGUGGUAACAAGGCUGACCGUGCCGCCGAGGAUAUGCGGCCCGAGGGUGCCGAAACCUUGGACACUGAGUGGAAGUAUGAGCCUCGCACUCAGCGUGAAAAGAAAUAG